AUGGUACAGCGCAGUGAUAUCAGGUUAAUGCUUCUCUGCGCCUGUCCCGACUCCGUGCAAUCACGGGUUCGAUGUCAGCUCCUACAGACCCCGGGAUUGGACACUAUCGAUGAAGAUUCCGCGCCCCGAACAACAGCUUUACAUAGUAUCUAUCGUCCCGAAGCACUUCCACCAAACAGCGCCCCCGCCGGCCCACCCGUAGGAAAUAUCAUCCUCUUAUGUGGGGGAGACGACCUGAUCCGUGCUCACAUGGGUGAGACGGGAUGUAAAGGCUUCGCAACGCGCCAAGUCACCUUGGAAGACUAUGAAAGCUUUAUCCAGCUACGAGUGAAGUUGAACCUAAUCAUUGCGGCUCAAGAAUAUUUCAUCGCUCCGGCAUUUGUCGUCCAUGAUGGGAUGAUUCGCAUUGAUCGGGCAUGGCUUGAGCGAAAUACAGAGGAGAUUAUUUGGAUGAACUCUGAAAAGUCAGUUGGCCUUAGAAUGCGGGCCGUGGAAAAGGAAGCGACUGAAGAUGAAGCCAAGUCAUUUGAUUUGGAAAUUCAAGAGUUGCAUGUUCGUUCAGCGCUGUUGCUCCAUGAUAUUCGAAAAGCGGAGGAGAACUUGGAUAAAGAAGGGGUUUUUCCUACACCGCGGGGUAUUCUACGACCCCGAGGCUACGCAUAUCCGAUGGAAUCCUCGCAGAAUAUAUGCACGUCCGAGACCCCAACUCCGCUCCGCCGGACAAGGAUUGCCUACAGCUCCACUGAGACGCCGUAUGCUAUAUCACCAUCGACUCCAAGCGAUUGCAUCCCGGGACCUACUCCAGAACAAAGGAAUGGAGCCGAGUCCCAGAAGAGCCAGCGAUUGCCUGCACAGCACAUCGGCGAUCGUUUACAAACGAACUUUUCUGAGAACUACGCAGAUGAUUCCUCGACUCUCCAUUAUGUUCUCGAACUAAGUCAUAGACCUGAGGGUGGCUUGACUGAGCCGCUAACGGUUCAUCACCCGAUCCCUGCAUCUAUAGCAGAUAGACCAGGGAUGGAAACCAAUCAGCUUCAGACCCCAAUAUCUUUACAAGAGGCUCUGACACUUCCCACUCCGGAUAUUCUCCGCCGACUGAUCUAUACCUUUUUUGACAAGAUUCAUCCUGCAUAUCCAGUAUUUGAUCGUGAGAAAUUCUCUCAAUCGUACUCGGCAGGCCAGACAUCUCCACUAGUUCUGCAAACAAUUUGCCUGCUGGGAUUUACGAUCGGAAGCGAUGAUUUAGUGGUGGCGGCCGGGUUUACAGACCGUGCCACAGCAAGAAAGACACAUUUUCUUCGCGCAAAGGCCCUUUACGAUGCGGACUAUGAGACUGAUCGCAUGAAUCUUGCCGCGGUUUUGCUAUUACUUGGAUUCUGGUGGGCUAGUCAUGACGACCAGAAAGACGUUUGUCAUUGGGUUGGAUGUGCGAUCACCUACGCGCAGUCUCUGGGAAUGCAUCGCUCGAUGUCCCAGUCAUCAAUGAGUCCGCGAAUGAAGUCCUUAAGAAAACGAAUAUGGUGGAUCAUCUAUUCCCGUGAUAGGCAUACCGCUGGUGCCUUUGGCCGACCGACCCGUAUAAGAGACGAGGACUGUGAUAUUGAAGCUCUUACAGAAGAGGAUUUUGAUUUCGAUACAGACUUCGACCAAAGCCUCAUACCAGCACAGAAAGACUACCACGUUUCAUAUGUCAUCGAAAUGGCCAAAUUAGCAGCCUUACGUGAGUCAAACCGCCAGCAAUACGCCUAUCAAUGUCUUGUUUGA